AACAGACCGCAGGUGGCGCAGUGAGGACGAUCUCACAGAGGGACUCCAUUAUAAGCUAACGCACGUAACGUUAGUUUCGGAACGGGACUACGCUUUUAAGAGUCGUCAUGUCUGAUGCCGAGCAGCAGUUUAUGGAGACCUCAGAGAAUGGGCAUGAAGGAGAAGACCUGAACGGAGCCGAGGGCUACGACGAGGCCCAGUCCGGCCUGGACAAAGACGGAGAUCAAAAUGGAGCCAACGAGGGAAGCCAGAUUGAAGCGAGUAAAGGCGAGGAAGAUGCUGGGAAAAUGUUUGUUGGGGGCCUCAGCUGGGAUACUAGUAAAAAGGAUCUCAAAGAUUACUUCUCUAAAUUUGGUGAGGUGACAGACUGCACCAUUAAAAUGGACCCAAACACUGGACGGUCAAGAGGAUUUGGGUUCAUUCUGUUCAAAGAUUCAACAAGUGUAGACAAAGUAUUGGCUCAGAAGGAGCACAGGCUUGAUGGGAGACAGAUUGACCCAAAGAAAGCCAUGGCGAUGAAGAAGGAGCCGGUCAAGAAGAUAUUUGUUGGUGGUCUGAAUCCUGAAACAUCAGAAGAGAAGAUUCGCGAGUAUUUUGGAGCCUUUGGAGAGAUUGAGACUAUUGAGCUUCCAAUGGAUCCAAAGACAAACAAAAGGCGAGGGUUUGUCUUCAUCAGCUUUAAGGAGGAAGAAACGGUCAAAAAGAUCCUUGAGAAGAAAUACCAUAAUGUCAGUGGAACCAAGGACUCAAAUGGAAAAGAGAGCCUUUGUGAGAUCAAGAUUGCCCAGCCUAAGGAGGUGUAUCAGCAGCAGCAGUAUGGCGGUCGUUUUGGAGGCAGAGGCAGGGGACGUGGCGGCCAGGGACCUAACUGGAACCAGGGCCACAACAACUACUGGAAUCAAGGCUAUGGAAACCAAGGCUAUGGCUAUGGUGGGCAACAAGGCUAUGGUGGAUACGGAGGCUAUGGAAACUACGACUAUUCGUCAGGCUAUUAUGGCUAUGGCGGUGGCUAUGAUUACAACCAGGGCAACACAAGCUAUGGGAAAACUCCAAGACGUGGUGGCCAUCAGGGCUACAAACCAUACUGAUCAUGUGUAGUGCAGGUCGCAAGACUUCCAAACCAGUGAACUGGUCCCGGUGAACACAGGGGUUCAGUCUUUUACUUUUGGAUGUUGGCAGAAUCUGGCCUUCUGCUCCAUUUUGUACAGACAACAAAAUAAGGAACUGGGGGAAGCAAAUGUCACUUUUCACGUUUUAUUUUAUACCUUUUUCGUUUUGUCCAUUUUUACAUUUCCAGAGACGGAAGUGUUAUUUUUUACUGUACUUUUUGGUACCUUUUUGAAUCUAAUGUAUUGUAUGGUUGUAUUUUACAUCUUGGCUGUAUUUACCACACCUAGCCUCAGAGCUCUCAAACCUUUUUCAUAAUAAAUGAUUUUGUUUAAUUUUUUGGUGUUUCUGUACCUAGUUAUUUUUUCCAUUUCCUCCUGUGCUUUGUGUUGCAAAGUUGCAUGGCUCAAAGUUUGAGGUGAGCUGAAAAGGGAUUAUGAAAGAUUGUGUGUGUAAUUUGCAGACAGCAAGUUCAAGUGACCAUUUUUUUUUUUUCUCUUUUUUUGGUUUUGUUUUUCCCUCAUUUUCUUCCCACCUCUGCUACAUUUCUGUUUUGCUUUUAAGGAGAUUUCUUCCCGUCUUAUUGGUUAAUUUAAAAAGUGGCUUUAAUAGUAGUAAAACUAUACCUCAAAGCAUACACCUGUAACUGUAAGAGGAUCCUUCCUCAUUCACUGGAAUCUCAUUCCUCCAGUGUCUUGGACAAAAUUUGGUGGAAAUAAACUUGGUUUUUAAGAUA